UGUUGGAUGGGCUUUUAAAGCUCAAAAGCCCAAAAGGAAGAAACUGGAUUGAGAAAGCGGAGAAGGUAGGUUAGCGAGCGAACUGUGAGGAGGUAAUUUCGUGAAAAGACCGCACCAGUACCAGCGGAAGCAGCAGCGAUGAUAAAGCGGCGAUUCUACAGGGAAGAACACGGCGACCGGAAUGAGGAAGCCUCCGAUUCAUCUUCUUCUUCCUACUCCGAAACAGAAAUACAAGAAUCCGAAGAAGAUGUAGAAGAUGAAGUUUCCCUUCCACAAGUUCAAGAGGAAGGCCAAUCUUGCUCCACCUCUUCUGGGUAUGAGAGUGAGGACAGCUCAGGAAAUGAGAUUGAUGAGAACGCCUCUGAUACAGGUCUACUAACAAAUGAAGAUGAUACUGGAACUGCAAAUGGGAGACAAAUUUUUCUUGAGGAUCAGUUCUCUGCAAAACGUGAUUCAGAAUUACUGAAGAAACAGUCAAACGUCUUGGAAGCUGAUGAAUUAGUGGCAGGAGAAUUUCCAGCCUGCAUCCUGAAGUGCAAGUCAGUUUAUAAGUGUAGGAUAUGUCCUAGAAUAGUCUGUUUGAAUGAGGAGAGUUUGAGGACUCAUCUUCAAUCCAAGAGGCAUUCUCGUUCAGAGAAAUUACUAAACGAUGGUAGGCUGAAGGCUAUGCUUAACAGUGAUGGGGAAAUGGACCAUGAUGAGACACCUGCGAAGCAGCACGCUAAAAUUGCUGCUCUCGCACAGGAUAACCCAAAACAGAAAAGAGGAGGUAGGCAACGACAACAUUCACGAAGACAGAUGUUAAGAAAGAAAGAUAAGAAGAAUGAAUCUAAUGAGGGGAAAAUGAGGCAAUCGAAAGAGAACCCUGCCAAGAAGAGGCGUAAAUCGGAGAACUGAAGAAUGUAUUUCAAGUAUGCUGGAGAACAAGAAUAUAACAGCUGUGAGUAAUGAAACAAAAUGAAGUAUUUUCAGACUCGUAGAAAGAUAUGACAUUUUACAAGGCUUUUUAGCACUUGAUGUGGUGUGGUCAACUGAAUAUGGGUGGCUCUCUUUUAUAAUUUUGUAAGUUUUGUGAUCUCUCUCAAAUGGGGGGUUGGUUCACUCUUUUGUUGGAUCCUGCUCUCUACUGUUUUGACUUUUGAGAGAAGUGGUAUUUUUGGUAUUUAAUUCCAAAAAUUUUUUAUACCAGAAAA